AUGGCACUAACACUACUUUUUAUAAUUCUAAUACAGUUAUGUGACGCGCAAAAUGUAACCCAAAAUGUAACAGUUCUAACCGAACUGCCCCCGGCCUACCCCCUCGCUACAUCCUACUUAUUCAUCUUCGCGAUUUUGCUUUUCGGCGUAGUAAUAAGAGCGCUCAUGUUAUGGACGAGUAUGUGUUUACCUUAUAGGGUCGUCAUGUUUGCUAUAGGAGCUUCACUCGGCUAUUUAGCACAUCGAUACCCCGAGUUUAAACCUAUAGUAUCCGUCUGUUUCAUAGAUGUUGACUAUAUGCUAUUAACUUUUUUACCAAUUAUACUUUUUAAUAUAUCGUAUUCGGUUGACGCGCAUUCGUUUUGGAAAAGCUUUCCGCAGAUAUUUCUAGUGUCUGUUCCUGGUGUGUUGUUAACGAGCACAAUGGCCGCUUUCAUGGCCUUUUUUGUUAUUGAAGUGAAUUGGUCUUUUGGUACAGCCAUGCUUUUUGGAGUUAUAUGUUCUCCUAUAUAUCCUAUGGAGGUUGUGAAGCUCUUGAAAGAGGCGUCUAGAUGCAAAUUCAUAAGCGUUUUGCUACUUGGAGAAGGGGUUAUAGGCGAUGCUACCGUAAUGAUAUUAUACACAGUUAUAUUUGGGUAUUUAGCUCAAACUGUGAGUAGUCCAGCUCAAAUUUCGCUUAUGUUACUCCGUUUCGCUGGGGGCGGUAUAUUACUAGGCAUAGUGAUGGGAAACGUCGUCGGUACUCUAGUUUCUUUGACGUAUUACGACUUGCUCUGCGCUGUCACCGUUACGUGCGCCGGCGCGUAUAUAACUUACUAUCUUGGUGAGAAGUUUCUAUAUGUCUCUGGGUUACUGGGUACCGUUAUAGCUGGGGUGCUUAUAAGUAAUCGCAAAUCGACGAUAGCGGGCGAUGUCGAGCAGAUAGUGACAAAUUUCUGGAUUAUCAUGUCGCAUGCAGCGAAUACUUUAAUUUUUACAAUGAUUGGUGUCGUUAUAUUUGAAGCUAUGGCCGCUUCUUUGACUUUACGUGAGAUAUCUCUAGUCUUUGUUACUUACACGACCGUGUAUGUGUCGAGGAUGUUGGCGUACGCGAUUAUGACACCUGUUUUGAGGUGUUUAGGGUUCGCGAUGACGUGGCAGCAGAGCCUAGCGUGUGUGUGGGGCGGGCUGAGGGGCCCGUUGUCGCUGUGCCUCGCCCUGCUUGUGAGAGAGACGCCUGAGGUCGCUGAAGUUGGAGAUGUAAUGAUUAUCCAAACCACGGGCCUGGUCAUCCUGUCCCUGAUAAUCAACGCCACCACCAUGCAAAAGGUCCUGAAAGUCCUGGGCCUCUCCCAGAUAUCCCUGGCCAAGAAAGCCAACAUGACGAACUGCGUCAAACGGAUCAUGAUGACGAGGGACCGGUGCAUUUCGAUGCUGAAAAUGGAUAAGUUUCUAGCUGAUGCUAACUGGGAUUUGGUGCAAGAAAGCACGACAAUAAAGCACCCAUAUCAGACCCAGAUUGUCUCUGGUCGCGAAGAGGAAAGUGACGACGACACGUACAUGGGCUAUCGGUACACCACGUGCCCGGACUGCGAGAGGGAGAUACCUAAUGAGCCUACGAAGAAAGAAUUCGCUGAGAUGAUGAGGGAAGCUAACCAGCGGGUGCUAAAGUCUCUAAAGAUCUCGUUCUGGCGUCAGUACGAAUAUGGGAAGAUCAGUAAAGACAGCGUAAGAAUAUUGGUGCAGGCCGUGGAAGUGGCGGCCGACUCCGAUGAUGGCUGGAUCAAUCUGGACCAGCUCGGGACGCUGUGGAAACCGAAGGCUCACGCAGUGUGGCUCCGUCGCCGCUUGGUCCACAUGAUCACGCCGGAAGUGGCCAACGCGCGCAUCCCGCGCGCACCGUGGCGCCAGCGUUGCUAUCGCUUCGUCACCAACAUCCGCUUCGACAUAUUUAUAUACGUCAUGAUUCUUUGCAACACGCCCGUCAUACUGAGCGAGGUGGCCUUGACAGAGCCGCGUAUUGAAGUCGUCAACACGAUCAAGGGGCUUAAUGUGUUUUUCUUUGCCGUCUACUUAUUCGAGAUGGUGAUAAAGAUGUGCGCCUUCGGAGUGCGAGGCUACUUCUCCUCGCACUGGAACAAGCUCGACUUUUUCAUCGUUGUCAUGGCAACGGGGGAUUUCAUCCUGGACAUGCUGGACACCUGCAUAAAGGACUUCAACAAGUACACUUCCAAGUCCAGCAUCCUGACCGCGACUAAGUUGCUGAGGAUGCUGCGAUUCCUACGGCUAUGCAAGUUAGCCAGAGUGACUGUUCCGAAAAUCAUGGGAUACAUGGAUCGUAUGAUCGACAAACAGCUGGCGUUCGGUUAUGACGUUGGGAAGGGUUUCGUGACAGCAGAGCAAGAGGUGUGUAACCUGUUGCCUCAGCUGGUGGACAACCGAACCAUCCAAGAAGCGCUUACUGCCAGGCUAGAGGAAGACAGGUUGAAAGUGACCCGACAACUAGGGUUGCUGCAGCGCGACCGGCCCUGGACCGCCAUCACCGUGAAGACCCGACAGGCUACGACCUCCACUCUCAAUAACAUGCUGAUCGACGCUGCACUAUUGAAGGAAGAAGGGUUUCUGGAUGAAGUGGAAUACCGUUUGCUAGUGAUGGCUAUCCAAGAAAAGGUGCAGUAUGUCCGCCACAAAGCCAGUCUGGUCGCCCCAUCAUCCCCAGAGACCCAGUUGCGAGCCAUUUCCUGGCUACAGGGGAACGAGAGAGUUGCCGAUUAUUUUAUAGAAAACUCGGAAAUAAUCAACUACAAUUUUAAUGAAAUUCUUAUUUCUAGAGGCGACGAGCCGAAAGGCCUCUACAUCCUGGUCUCCGGCCUCCUCGAGGCCUCCUACAUACCCCCGGACGAUGACAUCGACGAGGCCAUACCUAACUACGAGUUCCUGACUGAUUUGAAGUUUGGGGAGCCGAGCAAAGACUAUAUUGUGUCUGGGAAUGCCGUUGGAGUACUUGGGGUUUUGACCAACCGGCCAUACAGCUACACGGUGCGCUGCGACUCCGCCGUGCAAGCGUACUACAUCACUCUGUCCGUCGUCAAGGAGGCCUUCAAUCUCGCACCCCAUCCUAUUAUGGGGUAUAACUAA